AUGAGUAUAAAAUAUUUGAAAUAUUUCAUAGAAAUCUCACCAAUACAAACAAUUGCUUGCUACACAUGCAUUGAUUGUGGUGAUCCAUUUGAUGUUCGAGCAUCUAAUGCCAGUCAAAGCCUGCCAAAAUUAACUGUAUAUAUGGCAUAUGCACCAACACGUUAUGUAGUUAAAGAAUGUGUUCAAUCAUGUAAUGAAUCAGGUUAUUUAUUUGGUGGUUCAUCACUUCAAGUUAAUUGUUGUACAUCAUCGUUUUGCAACAAUGCAUUAGGAUUGUAUACAUUAAGAAAUAUAUUCUUUAUAAUAUCUACCUUAUUUAUAUUAUUUUUCACCGGCAACAUCAAAUAA